CUGAGAUCACGAGCGCGGAAACGGUGUUUAUAUUUCAGUCUCUGCUUUCGGUCCUCUGUCAGGACAUUACUCUUACAGCUAUUUAAAGUCUAAUUGUAACGUCAGCGAUAACAAAGACACUAACUUUGGCCUGAAGGAUGGCUUGGGAGGCGAGACUGCUUUUCCUCCUUUCCCUCUUCAUGUUGCUCUCCAUGCUGUCAUCUAUGUGUGACUGUCACCCUCUCUCUGCUCAGCCCAUGAGUUUGAGGGCUGCAUCCAAUGAUACGGCAAGGAAAGCUUCAGAUAUAGCAGCAGAGGUAGCAGGCUACGCUGAUGUGGCAAAACGGAUCAUUGACCUGGCUGUGUUUGGUGCGGCCCAGAACCGCUCUUACAGACGGCUGGCUGACUUCACCGACACUAUAGGGAACCGUGUCAGUGGCUCACAGAGCCUGGACAUGGCUAUCAAAUACAUGUACAAAGCUAUGACACAGGAUGGGCUGGAUGUCCAUCUGGAGCCUGUCAAAAUUCCUCACUGGGUGAGAGGGAAGGAGAGUGCAGAAAUGAUUUUGCCCAGGGUUAAAAGCCUGGCUAUGCUGGGACUGGGUAGCAGUGUAGGAACACCACCUGAAGGUAUCAAGGCAGAAGUGUUAGUGGUUCAGUCUUUUGAGGAACUGAAGCAUAGAGCCAGUGAAGCCAUAGGCAAGAUUGUGGUUUUUAACCAGCCAUUUGUCAGCUACGGGGAGACAGUGGCUUACCGUGCUUAUGGCGCCUCUGAGGCUGCUAAAGUGGGAGCUGUGGCCACACUUAUUCGAUCUAUCACUCCAUUCUCUAUUAAUAGUCCCCACACAGGUUGGCAGGACUACCAGGAUGGAGUGAAGCCCAUCCCUACAGCCUGUAUCACUGUGGAGGACGCUGAGCUGAUGUGGCGUAUGGCGCAGAGGGGGCAAAAGAUUGUGGUCAGACUCACAAUGGGAGCUAAGACUCUGCCAGAUGCUGACUCUUUCAACACAGUGGCUGAAAUAACAGGCUGGCAGCACCCUGAGCAGGUCGUCUUACUGAGUGGUCAUUUGGACAGUUGGGACGUGGGCCAGGGCGCCAUGGAUGACGGAGGUGGAGCCAUGAUUUCCUGGGAGGCCCUGUCGCUCAUUAAGGACCUAGGUUUGCGUCCAAGGAGAACCCUGCGAACAGUGCUGUGGACAGCUGAGGAGCAAGGUGGAGUUGGAGCGCAGCAGUACUAUAAUCUACACAAGGUGAACCUGUCCAACUUUGACCUUGUCAUGGAGUCCGACUUGGGGACAUUCACCCCACACGGUCUUCAGUUUACUGGCAGUGACGCAGCACAAAAGGUGAUGGAAGAAGUGGUCAAACUGCUGGCACCCAUUAAUACGACCAAACUGGAGGCACACGGAGAAGGGACAGACAUAUCACCGUGGAUGCAGGCAGGAGUACCAGGUGCCAGCCUCCAUGUGGCAGACAGUCGUUACUUUUGGUUCCACCACAGUGAGGGUGAUAGCAUGACCGUUCAGGACCCUCAGGACAUGAACCUCUGCUCGGCACUGUGGGCCGUUGUUGCCUAUGUGGUGGCAGAUCUGCAGGAUAUGCUGCAUAGAUAGCCAGUUAGCACACAGGAAUAUUAAACUGGUGUGGAUGGGAAGACAGAACGAUCACUCUGAACCACUGGUUGAUUCAAAAGCACAGGGAAACAUUAAAAACCAUUAAGAAAAAUAGUUACAUUUUUAAUGUCAGAUUACAAAUUGAAUGUGAACUGAUUUUGGAUCAUGAAAGAGGAUAAAUAAUGUGUUGUUUUGUAUUAACUACUCACAUGGUAUCAUGUUGUUAAUCAUUUAGAGUAAGUCCAGCUUGAGGUUCAGCAACAUAGAUUUAUGCACAAGUAAUGACUUAAACACAUUGUUUUAUUACAGGAUCAAAGAGAGGGAGUGUAAUAUAUUGGAAACCAUUCAAAAUAAUCAUAAUCAUUGAUUGAUGUGAUUAUGCUGUUCAGUCAUUUUAGUACUUUGCAGUAACCCAUGUUAUGUUUACAGUAAGGGGAAAAUUGUUGUCUGUUGUUCUUUUUUUUUUUUUUCAAGUGAGCUGAUGAUUCUAUAGUGCUGGUUUACCAUCUAAGAGAAGACCAAGACAACGAAUUCUGUAUUUAAGAUAGAGACAUUCUCAGGUAAUGUAUUUUACUUGAUGCCUUAAUGUGACAUGCUGCAAAAAGGAUGAAAGCAAGAAAAGAAUUCUAGGUCUGUGAAAGUAUAGAAAUUACCAGAAGUGUGAGAAAGUCAGAAAAAUCCCCCAUCAUGCUGUGAAUUGCUCACCCAUGAGAGAGAGAGAGAGAGCGCUAUCAGUAAAGUCGGGCUACAGUCAGACACAGCAAACAACAAUAACAAGGUGUUCGUGGACGAGAAAGUGUUAAGAAAUUGUGGAGCUCUCUAAAUUUCUCAUGCUUCUGUUACUUUCCAGUGUUAUCUAAAAGAAAUUGUGACUUGUCAUGAAAACUUGUUUAACUGUGUGUUAAAUGAUUGUGGUAAAUCCUGCCUACAUUAUGCUUAACUGAGUUUCAGCACUUUUUCUUAAUUUCACUGUCAUGUAAUAUUCUGCACAAUUUUACACCAAGAACUCUUGCGGUGUUGUGAUAUCAUCAAUACAAGUAUGAAUCAUU